GCGAACAGUUACACACUUCUUGAUCUGAAGUUCCACUCUGAACUGACGGGCAAUUAUCAGCACGUUAUUUCGUUUCAGGAAUGUUUUGUUUUUCUCGUUUAUGUAUGCACUUUAAAAUAAACCAAAACAAAGCCAUUACACUUAAUAUUUGGACGUUCGAAGUUUUGGUUGAGGAUUAAUCCAUACAUUUGUUUGAUUUAAGACAUUCCAUACAUUUUACCGAGUUACAGUCUUUACCAUGGCUGACGUGGGAUACGCAUAACGGACAUGGAGCAGUUCAUUCCGUGUCCAUGGCAAAUGAAAGGAAUUUGUUGUCUGAGCAGCAUCAUUUUGGAGAUGCAGAAACAGGAUGCUACAAAACGCGAGUCAUCAACGGGGAAUCGAGCAAUGACUGUCUAAUACCCUGAAGAUAAUGCUUAAGAUGCAGCCAGGACCUGCAAGGCGAGACUCGAUGAACUCACAGGCUCAUUGAACAGGCAGCCGUGGAUCCCUGCACAGUUGGCAGAACUGAUAGAGAAGCAAUCCUUGGAAGCAAUCUCAAAGUAAUCACAUCCAAGAAUGAGGAUCAAAUACACAAUUUCCUUCAUCUUUAUUGUGGCAAUAGUCAUCAUCGAAAAGGAAAACAACAUCAUCUCAAAGGUCUCUGAUAAGCUGACGCCAAAACAGACACCGCAAACUCCACUGCAGUACAAUGUCUCCGCACGCCCACACCUCCUGCCCAAACACAAUGGGUCCUCCUCCUCCUUCAACAAGCUGGACCUGGCCUUCCUGCACCUGAAGAGGCGUCUGGAGGACUUCUCUGAGCAGGCGGAGGGCCGUGGCGGCGGAAAGAAGCACAUCCUCCUCAUGGCCACCACCAGGACCGGCUCCUCCUUUGUGGGUGAGUUCUUCAACCAGCAGGGAGGCAACAUGUUCUACCUGUUCGAGCCGCUGUGGCACGUGGAGAAGAUGCUGACGCUGGAGACGGGGGGGACCAACGCCACAGCCUCGGCCAAAGCCUACCGCGACGUCCUCCAACAGCUGUUCCUGUGCGACUUCAGCCUGAUGGAGACCUUCAUCAGCCCCCUGCCAGUGGACCACGUCACGACCGCCCUCUUCCGCCGGGAGUCCAGCAGCUCGCUCUGCGAGGAACCGGUCUGCACGCCCUUCGUCAAGAAGGUCUUCGAGCGCUACCACUGCAAGAUCCGCCGCUGCGGGCCGCUCAACCUCACCCUGGCCUCCGAGUCGUGCCGGCAGAAGGAGCACCGGGCCAUCAAGACGGUGCGGGUCCGGCAGCUGGAGACCCUGCGGCCUCUGGUCGAGGACCCCCGCCUGGACGUUCGGUUCAUCCAGCUGGUGCGAGACCCGCGGGCCGUCCUGGCGUCCCGCAUGGUGGCCUUCUCCUCCAAGUACAAGAACUGGAAGAGGUGGGCGGUGGACGGCGAGGUGCCCAUCGAUGAUGACGAGGUGAGGAAGCUGAAGGGAAACUGCGAUAACAUCAGGGUGUCGGCGGAGGCGGGGCUGAAGCAGCCGGCCUGGCUACGGGGGCGCUACAUGCUAGUGCGCUAUGAGGACAUCGCCCGGUUCCCCAUGCAGAAAGCGGCUGAGAUGUACACCUUCGCCGGGAUCCCUUUCACUCCUCAGGUGAAGGAAUGGAUCCUUAAGAACACCCAGGCUUCCAAGGAGGCCAGCGGCGUGUACUCCACGCAGAAAAAUUCAUCGGAGCAGGUGGAGAAAUGGAGGUUCAGUAUACCCUUCAAACUGGCCCAAGUCGUACAGAACGUCUGUGGACCAACCAUGAAGCUGUUUGGUUACAAGUUUGUCAAUGAUGAGACAACACUGACCGACAAGACUAUCACUUUGCUGGAAGAAAAGAUGUUUAACUUCCAUUAACUUUUUUUUGUGUGUUUUAACAAGAUAAAACAAGAACAACCAAAACAUGGGAAGGGAAUGUGUUUUAUUAUAUUUAUUAUGUCGAGAAAGGAAAGCCGUCGUAGGACUUGCAGUAUGGACCUCCGUCAGGGCCGGAACUCCAGGGUCUGUGUUUUUUACACUUGAAUCACUUGAAGACUCAACAUUCAUUAAAGGGGAGGCGACUCCAAAGAGCAACUGACAGCAGAGCCGACCUGAUUUAGCUUGUGAAUUAUUUUACAUCAAGGCUGAGUUAUGCUGCCAUCAAGCUUUUAUUAUGAAAGUUGAAGGUAAAAGAGUUUUAUUGAGAUUGAUGGUGUCCUUCACCGGCAGUGCAAAACACACUGAGCAUAUUAAUAAUGGAUGGCAAUAAUUGUGCUUUUGAUGAAAGCUUGAUGUGGUUUUAGUGCUUUUCUCCUGCAGUUUGUCACACAUCUACCUGCUGUUGGCCUCUCCUCUUUCUAUGAUGACAUGAGGAAACCUGACCAACAUAAGAUGGAAGUGUUGGGCUUUUUGUUUUGGGUGGGGGAGGGGGUUUGACUAAAAGUCAAAUCUCAAUAUCUUGACACCUUUAGGACAGAAAUAUAAAUCACUGUACAUAUAACCACAUCAUUGUUUUGUCAUAUUCUCGGAUUACCUGCAUUUCGUAGGAGAUACCGCCACUUCAGAUGGCGAAUCAGAAAUUAUGUUUGCCUCGAGGUGUUUGAUGUAAGGCUUUCAAGAUUUGAGACUGCUGACCUGCCAAUUAAUUUUCUGCAUUGAUCUAAGUUCUCUUAUGUCACGGCUCUGCAGAAAUACCCGGGUCAGUGUCAGUUUUCUCAAGUCCAAACCUGUGCCUCACCACAUUUUUGGCCAUUACAUCAUCAUCAUUUGGCAAGCUAACUUGUCUACAUUUCUAAUUUAUUGACUCACAUUUUUCAAGUGACUCAUGGGGCAUGGUAUUUCAUUACAUGUCUCCGGUUAAGCCUGCCCCAUUAGAAUUUGAUAAAGUAGCCUGAUACUGACAGGGAUUCAUUUGAUAGGGACACUUUAGACCGUUUCUAAGGCCAGGUGAAUUAAACCUGAUUAGCACACCUGAGAUUCAUUCACACAAUAGCUUCAAAAUGCCAUUCUUUAUUUUUACCUAUUCAAUGUUGUUUGUCUUUUAAUUUUUAUAAUGUUAUAUCUUAAGUGUGCACUCAUUUAUACCAGUUUAUCGGGUUUAAAUUAUAUGUCACCCACCUCUAAUUGGGCCCUAAUUACAUUUGUAUUUUUAUGCCAAGAUAAUUAAUGAACAAAUUAGUGAUGCUGCUUAGAUUCCCAAGAUAAGGCUUGGAAUUAAAACACAUGCCCAAGAAAAUUAAUACUUUGGAGAUUUGCUCAGUGUCUAAAUAAAAUAUUUAAAAGUAUAUAUUUUUAAAGAAACAGAGACCUCAAUGAUAGCUACUGUCAAUUCAGCCUUUCUAUGGAAAGUCUUGUGGGUACAGGGCAGUUUAUUUUUGAUAACUUAUUUAAGGCCUUUUUGGAAGGGGAGAGGGACAGUUGGGGAAUGAAAAACAGGUUUCCAACCAAAGUUUUAUAUCAUUGCGCAGACACUGUCGAGAGAUUCUCUAGCUGUACUUUCGUAAUCCUUUAUGGACUUGCGUGUCCCUGUGUGUGUGUGUUGUGUUGUGUUGUGUUCAAUGGAAUGUACAGUAGUGAUGUAUGUAUGUGUUGAAUGGAGAUAACAGUAGUGGUAAUGUGUUGAGCUCUGGGAGGAAACUCAUUUCUGUAGAACAGAUGUUUAAAAUAGUAGAGUGUACAGUAGACUUCCAGUCUGCAGCUGGUUUGCAGCAGUUGUUUGUUUGUGUUUGUUUUUCAGCUCACAGAAUCUCUUGACUAGUGUCAACUGACCGAACAAUUGGGUUUAUGUCCUCAAUUUGUAUUUAUGAUUUUCCAUAGUUCGAGAAUCUAUAGUUUUUUAUGGAGGUGUGAACUAUCAUAGUGAACUGCUUGGAAAUGCAUUGUACAAGUAAAUUAAACAGUUUUAAGUUUUUAACUAUGGGCAUAUUUUGUUUGUUUAAUGUCUGUGUCUUUUUUUAAAACACCAUGUUAUUUAAUCAAAGGAUGUUUUUUAUUCACAUGGUAUGCUUACUGAUGAUGUUCUUCCAUUAUGGAUUUGAAUUUGGAAAAGAAGCUGUUCUCGUGAUGUACUUCAGGAGGAAUCCAGGUGGACUUUAUGCACAAAGAGUGAUCCUGUGUGAUGAGAGCUUAUUCAUCUGGAUGUCAGAGGCCAGAGGGUGAUGGCCAAUAAGCUCAUGGAAUAUUCUAGAAAAAAAAAAGGAUUCCAGUACACACCUGGAUAUUAUAAUGUUGCCUUAAGCUGAUGUUACAGACCUGUCAUUCAAUAAAUGCUGUCUUUUGGUAGUAAA